GCUGAGUGCUGACAAUGCAAAAGUGGAACAAAACAAAACUUGUCCCAAAGAUCAUAAUCACCGCCGAACCUACUCUUCCCUUCCAAUAAAAAGAAAUUCAACUUUAUCCGAUACUCUACCGCUUUCAUUUUAAUCUCAUCCUUCUCCGUUUCCUUCAAAACCCAAACUUGAACUUCUUGUUUCUUGCUCGUGGAAGCAAAUGACAACCACGCCCUGUGUAACUGGUGCCUUGUCAAACGCGGUCGGAUUCCGUGACUGGAAAAAGCAUGUCCCUUUAUCAGCUUCUCUCUGUAAACUAAGCUUCAAUUCAAAUAUAGUUGACAUGAAGAUAUUAUCUCGAUGUGGUUGUCUGAAAGUUGGAAAUGACCAAAGAUGUUUCCGAUUAUAUGCCCUAUUUGGAGGAAAAAAGGACAAUAGUGGGAAAAGUGAUGAUGCUCCUUCUAAGGCAGGAAUUCUAGGAAACAUGCAAAAUCUUUAUGAGACUGUGAAGAAGGCACAAAUGGUUGUCCAAGUUGAAGCAGUGCGGGUGCAGAAAGAACUCGCAGCAGCAGAGUUUGAUGGUUAUUGUGAGGGUGAGUUAGUAAAGGUAACGCUGUCGGGGAACCAGCAACCUGUAAGAACGGAAAUUACUGAGGCAGCUAUGGAAUUGGGACCUGAAAAACUUUCUCUUUUAAUCACUGAGGCAUACAAGGAUGCACACCAAAAGAGUGUCCAGGCCAUGAAGGAAAGGAUGAAUGAUCUUGCACAGAGCUUAGGAAUGCCACCAGGGCUUAGUGAAGGAUUGAAGUGAUGAAUACUUUUAUUCUAGACUUAGGACUUGGGCCUCAGGUUUGCACAAACAUGGCAGGAUAGACUUAUUUGUUUUCUUCAUUUACUAUGGCUGUUAAUUUGCAAUCUUGGUUAUUAAGAAAGAAAUGUAAUCCUGGAAUUAUUUGAAAUGGUGGUGGAGCUUCAAUUUUUUCACAUUUUACUCGUGUUAUUUUUGUUUGAAAGGUGAAAAUUCUGUUGUGUCCUUAUCCUAUUAUCCAGUUUUAUCGAUAGAGAAAAACUUGUGUCU